CGAGUGUGAGAUCGACAUGGCGUUCAAGUGGUUCGCUCCUCGGAGUCCUCUGGAACCAGUGCUCGCUGUUUUCAUUGCCGUUGCCACCAUUCACGGAGCCUUGAACCGAGUGAUGCGACGAAUCGCGCUCAGAAGCAAGCAGAGCGCCAGGUGCCGACUCGUGAUGGUGCCGGCCAAGACCUCCAGGUGAAGUAUUCGCUGCCAAGCCAGACUGAUGGCCAGAGGUGCCCUCGCCGAUGGUAUCGUGCAUAGCGC